UAUCACUACAAGUAGAAAUUUAACGUGAUCACGAUUUUCGGUGUUUUAACCAAAAUGUUAGCUUCAUUUGUUUAAAACAAGAAAAUGCCACCUUUCUCUUUGUUUUUUGUAGAUUCUCUAGAAGUAGUUUUAGUACUUGUAAAAUGACUGAAAGGUUCUGCCGAAGAUUGUUACGUUUUUGGGGGGUCAUAACGUUAGGCCUUGGUGGCAUUUUUUAUGGAGGAUGGUGUCAGCUGAUAAUCAAUGUUAAAAACGAAGGUGGGGACAUCUUACAAGAGUCUAUUGUUGCAAAUGCUAGUGAUGAUAUUAUAAUCCUCGAGUUUCAACGUCCAGAAGGCACUCUGGUAACACAGUUAAUUGAUUUUAAAGCGGAAGCUCAAAUCUUUCGAGUGUUGAUAUUAGGGGAAGAAGAACGAGGAGAAACUCAAUACCAAGUCGUUUGUUUUGUCGUUAAGUCAAAUAAGAUAGAUUUUAUUUCGGCUGAUGCAGUAUCAAAGCUGAGACAGAGAAAUCCUAGUGCCAUUCGUCAGCCAGAAGAGGAUCGGGGAAAAGAAUUAUUUGAAAUGGACCUUAGUGUCGAGCUCAACAAGUCUUCCAUUAUUUCCUCACACUUGCCUGAGUUGUGCGAGGAAGCAAGUACCACUACUUUUGCUAGAGAAGUAGACCUUCGUGCCUGGACUGAUUCUAAAAAUUAUGCUAGAGAUAUUGUUUCUUUAACUGCUGCAGUAAAAAGAUUUCCACCCCCUCAGCUCAGUCGUUGUCGUUCUACCAGCAGUUGGUCACAGCCUUGCCAGUGUCAGCUGGAAGUCUGUGUGGGGUGGUAUCCCUGCAGCCUCAAGUACUGCCGUGGUAAAGACUCAAGUGGGAGAACAGUCAACUACCGCUGUGGCAUCAAGACUUGCCGUAAAUCCCGAGUUUUCUACUACUAUGUUCAGCACAAGCAUUUGUGUUUGUGGGAUGAGUGAUGAGUGUCAGCAUGAGUGCAAUGUUGAAAAUGCUUCCUAUUGUCAAAUUCACCUUUUGCAAGUGACAUAGAUUAAGAUAUUCUUGUAUAAUGUAAUUAGUGUAACUCUUUGGUCAUCAUUAUAAUCUGUAUACAUAUAUAAAUAUACAAUGAUUCUUAUGUACAGAAAGUUAAUGCAAUGUUUUUUAUAAUUACUGUUAUUUCUUAUCCUAAAACCUGAGUUUUAUACCAAGAUAUUGGUUUUUAAUCUUAUUCCAAGUAUUUGAACUCUUGAAUUUCUAAUUGUUGACAUUUGGACAGCUAUCCGAAAAAAACUUAAUGCAUAAUUAAAAGAAAUAGGAAUAAUGGAUAUGAUUUUUAAUGAAAUCGGAAAGUAUUUUCAAGUUUUCAAAUUUACCAAUGUACAGUCUGCUACACAAAAUUUUAAAACUGGUGGUAAUCCAAGCUGCUCAUUUGGUACAAAAGUAAAGACACUCAAUAUUACAGCCAGUAAUCACAUACAUUUCUAUUUGUGGGAUAAGUAAACACUGAGGUAUUUACUCUCUCUCCCUUUGUAUACUUCCUGUGUUAAUGCAUCAAUGAAGUGACGACCUUUGAUGAAAAUAAGUAUAGAUUGAUAUUUUGUUAUUCUACAGGUGGAAAUAAUAGUUGUAUUAAAAUAUACUGUCAGUGUAUACUAUUAACCUUUCAUAGCUUCUUAAAUUAUUGGGAAAUUUUCCAGAUGUGAUUUUCUAGCACCUGCUUUUGUAUUGUUGCAUAUUUUAUGGUAAUUUAAUUUAACCUUUGAUAUCAAGACACCUUGUUUCUGGUGUAGUAGUGGCAAGAGACUAAAAUAAAUGUAUGGCUUGUGAGUUGUCAGUGCAUCAUAUGUUUUGUAAAUGAUAAUUAGGCUUAAUACAUUAAUAAAAUUGAAUAGUUAUGGUUUUCUCACAAAAGAGACAGUGAUAUUCUGCUUAAUUUUUUGGCUAAUGUUUACUUGUAAGAAACUUUCAACAAUACAAAAAUUGUAUACCACAGCAUAUAUGGAAUCCUUCUGUUAACAGUUACGCUUUUAUUGAUUAGCAACACUUCUGCUUUUCAUACAAGUGUUGAUUGUGUCAACAUUUUUUAUAUUAGUUAUGUGGUAUUUGAAGAGCUGCAGACACUACUUUUUUUGCAUCAAACUGUAUAUGUUUUGUAUAAGUGAAGGGUAAUUACCAGAGCAAUUUGUUUUGAAAGGUAUCAUGUAGUAACUUUUGUCACUGUGGAUGGACACAGUUUGGAAGGAAAUGUUAUGAUGUGUAACACAAGUAUGCUACCUUCUGAAUAGGGGAUUCUGUCCAAAUGAAGAUGAUUAGUGUUCUUGUCAACAUGAAUAUUUGUAAAUAAUUAAUAGUUCAAAAAAUCUCAAUGAAUGGGUAGUUGAAACUCCAUAAACUCUUUCAUUUUUACUUAAAAACAAGAAGAGUCAGAUUGAAUUGUACAGAUUAAUUUUGUUUUAAAGAAAAGAAACUAUGUUAAUUGUAUGAACUAUAUUUUAUCAUGGACAUUAGAACUAGGAAUACACCAGUUUGCAUGAUAUAAUUCAACAUAAUUUGUAUUGAUAAGAGAAUGUCUAGUUUUUUGUAUUAAUCUAAAAACAUUUGGAUGUGAGUGAUGAAAUAUCUAGAUACACAACUUAAAUGUUUUCUGUAUGCAAAACAAUAAAAAAAGGUGUAACGUAAGAUUUUUAUGUCAAUACUAAGACAUAUCCAGCUGUUGUUUUCUACUUGCUUGUUUAAUCCUUUUAUCAUCUUAAAAAUUUCAUAGAAAACCAAUGCUAAGACUUUGUUUACUUGACUCAUAGUUGAUCAGUUAGAAUCAAUAAAUUAUCUAAUUUGAAUUAACAUAAAGGUUUGGCCAAUGUCGGGUGCAGGAGCUAUUGUCAUAGCUUUUUUGCAGCUACUGGAGUUUGCUGUAGUCUCAUGUUAGAGGUACAUAUCAAUAUUAUUUAUGUUGAGUUUUGUUUCUGCUGGUCAUAAGUUUCAGUUUCAAAAUCAUCUCAUUUCAGUUUCAGAGGUUUUUGUAACUACCUCUGAUUAUGUUUAUGUAUUGUUUUUCUUUAUUGUUUCAUUAUAUUAGACUUUUAUUUCAGAAAGAGGAUUUGUAGCGUAUGACUAUUUUUUCUUAUUUUAAUUACAAACAUUUUUUGAUAAAGCUUGUAUGUGUGUGUAUAUACCUAAUUACUACUAUUGUGGAGACAAUGUGAAUAUUCAGUGAAAGCUUUAGUGACCAAUUAGUAUAGUCGUAAUUCUAGAAACUGUGUUAUCAUCCUGCUUUCCAUGAUUGCUGGACUUUAAAAGUUAACGUAGAAAUAUAAUUGUUAAAUAAUUUAAUUUGAAUGAUUCAUUUUUUAAUCUCAACUAUUUCUUGUAUUUUUAGCAAAUUUAAAAUAGCAGUUGAUUGGAAAAUUGUAGCUAUUCAAAGGACCAAAAAUAUGUUUAGAAAAUUCACAAAUUCUACUAAAACAAUCUUGAGAUAAAAAAAAUUAUACUUGUUUGUCUUAGGGCCAACUUUUUUUAAUUCAGUUAUUCAGCUGGUAUCUUUUAAGUUUGUGAAAUUAUUCUGCAUGUAUCUCUUGAUGUAAACUUUUCCUAUUUGUUUUUUAAUAUGUAGGUUGCUUUAUUUGUUUGUAUAUUUGUUUUAAUUGUUCUUCAGUUAAAUUAAUAUCCAUAUAAAAGUAGUAUUUAAAAGCUUUUUUUUAUUAAAUAUGCUUACACUUUGUAAGGAUAAAAACAUAAAGUACUCAGAUGUAUCAAUUGUGAUUGCUAAUUUAAUAAAAUCAGCUGGAAUCAGGGGUGAUAUUCUACCGGUACCGAGUACUGGAACUUAUUUUUUCAGGUAGUACUAGUACCAGGACUUGUAGGAGAUACUUUGUUGUUUUUUAUGUUUAUAUGUAAAUUUAAAAAAAAACAGGUCCACUUCACCCAGCUGAGUACCUCUAUUUUUUAUUUGUGGGAAUUUCACCCCUGGCUGGAAUGUAUUGGGAAUUGCAUAGUUAAUUUAAUAUCAGUAAUUUUUAAUGCAGUUUUGAUUCUUAGUUUGUAGUUGGUACUGGUAAAAUAAAAUACUGGUUGAGUAGUAAAAACAUAAGAAAAAAGAAUGUUUGAUAAUUUUUGUUCUUUUGUACUUGAUUCUGGUGUUCUUUGUAGUAUGAAGAAAAAAAUGUUUGAAAGUUUGAAAAUAAUUCAUCUCCCAAAGGUGUAUAGUCAAUACACAACAAGACUUUAUGAUUUACUCACUGGCAGGACUUAGAAUUGUAAACCUCUUUACCUCACUUUACUGCCCCUUUUUGUCUUUGUUUUUCACAAUAUUUGUAGAUGAUCUAUGAUACUUUAAAGAUUUUUAAAUGAAAUAUGUGUGUGUUAGUUGCAUAUCAGAUCUAUCUUUUGUCUAUUACAGAGCACUCACUGUCCAUUCAGUACAAUAACUCAUAAUCUAAUCUGAAACUAUAACCAGAAAUAGUUUAUGUGAAGUGCUAUUUGUAUGUAUUAAGUGGUAUUACAUUACAACUAAUAACAUAGGGUUUCUUACUAGAUUAUGGAAAGUUACAUGUCUUACUCUUCUUUCAACUCAAUCAUGUUUUGAACUCUGAGUAGACAUGACAGUCUACUAAUUAGUUGUUGUGCAUGUCAUCAACUCUUAGCACUUGGAAGGAUGUAACUUAAUUUUAUGGAUAUAUUAUAGAUAAUGGAAACUCUAAAAUUUAAUUAGUUAUUAUUUUGAACAAGAACACCACCACUGAACAUACACUCACCAAAUGAUGCAAAUAUUUCUGGUGAAGGACUGAAAACAGAAAGUAAAAGAAGUGUUUAACUGUUAUUGUUUUUUCUUCGAAUAUAGACCAAAUAAUUACUGUAGAACCAGUUUUAUUUUUCAGUGUGAGAAAGUUUGUAGAAUUGUUGUAAUGUGUAUGACAUAAAAUUCCAUUUCAUUAUUUAUGAUAAAUUUUCUCUUAUCUUACGUAAAAAACACACGAUGCAGUCCAGUCAGAUGUUUAGUUUAAAAGGAAUUUUUGAGCUCACAUGUCACAUAUCUGUAAAAUAUGUUCAAAAUGCUUAUUUAGAUUUUUAAACAGUUGCAUUGAACGGUCCAUAAAUUGAAACAUGAGUUUUUUUAGAAUUUCACAAAUUUAUAAAUUUUAGUAGGUCAAAACAGUCUGAUGUGGUGCUAUUUGUAAAUCUUACUGCAAUAUAUUAUGUUGAUGUUUAUUUUUUGUUUUGUUUAGCGUAUAAGUAUACUUGCUUCUGAUGAUUUGGGUAUGUUCAAAUAUUUUUUGUAAGCAUUAUUUUUGGUGUAAAUGCUUUAUGAAGCAUUAAUUAUUUAUACAAGAUCACAAUAUCAGUAGUAGUUAUGUGUGUGUCCAACAGUUCUGAUGCUUUAGUUAAAUAAGUUUGAAGUUUAACAAAAUGAAGUUGUAUAGAAUUUUGAAAUUUAUACGAUAUGCUUAGAUAUUGUCAAAUCUUUAUAUUGUACAAAAUUCUUGUUCCUUUCAUUUAGUGUCCAUGUUGUAAGAAGAACUGAGAAAAGCCACUCAUCAUGAGCAGUUUAUUUUAUUGUUCCAUAAACAAAUAUUGUGUUUGUUAUUGACUGCAACUUUAUUACAGCUUCAUUAACUAGUAUAAUUUAAGUCAGUAACACCAUUUCUGAUUCAAAUCGGGGGGGGGGGGGCAAGUUUAUUGUUAUUCCAAGGGCUGGCUGUGGCUGAUGCUCUUUGGAGUUUUAAAAGUUAAAACGUGAAAAUUGGUCUGUUUUGGGAGCAUUUGUUCUGAUUGUAUCUUAUGUUAUUUAAUAACCAUUUAAACAGUACAAACUAUACAUUAUAUAUGUAUUUCCCCAAAAUAUAUUAUACUGAGUCCCAUACUGCUCUCCUUAAUUAGCACUACUGUCAUAAGUAUUUUUUAAUUUGGAGUUAAAGAAUUAAUACAAACUAUAAUCAGUUACAUGGUGACUAAAUUCGCAGCAACCUGAUUAGAAGGUGGGACUGAUGUUAAAGUUGAGUGUCAAGGUGACCUUAAGUGUAUUUUGUAUGCACUAACUCUGUAUCAUCAGUUAUGAAUCCUAUUGUAAACAGUGAAGUGUGUACAUAGUGUGAGAGUUCUAAAAAAGAAAAAAACAAUUUUAGUAUCGAAUUAUCUAGUUAGGUAAGUUGAUAUACAGACCAGAUUACUGUUCUUAACUUAUAUCAUAUUUAAUGAUAUCGGAACACAAAAACAAAAUCGUUGUUUUAUUCUGACGUUCGAAAGAUAUUAAUUCUUAAAAUUAAGGAAAAACUGCAUUGAAUUUUUCACGGGAUGGGGUUACUUGAAGAGAUAUUGAUUAGUGAACGCACUUCCUUUGAAACGAAGUAUUCACGUGUAAUUUAAUUAAACAGACAAUACACUGUUGUAAAAAAAUCGGAUUUCUCUAGCCGGGGUGGACACAGCACCGAUAGUGCAUCGUGUAGCUUUGCGCUCAAUAACAAACAGAACAUUAUUAUAUAAGCAUUUCUAUUGAGACUUAAAUAAAUGUUUUAUUACGAUUGCAUUUCUAUUAUUUUUUUCCAUAGGUAUAGUUGCUAAAACACAUUUCAAAUUUCUCGGUUAAAUUGGUAAAAAAGUCGACGAUGCCUAGUUUUAGAAGAAUAGCAAAAUCAUUUUAUUCUGUUUCAAAAGCCAUCAUUCAUUUAUCAAAGUAAAAGUAAGAAAGCGUUAGACAGUGAGAAGAGUAAUAAAAUUCGUUUAGUUCAUGAGUCGUCGUCAGUUUGCGACUAAUUUGUUCAUUAUAUAUAUAUUUUUGUUUUCACAUGACCAAAGUUUGAGGAACAUUUAACUGUAGUUACAAAGUAUUGCCCAACGGUGUGGAUAUUGACUUUGGAAGUUAUCGAUUGGGGUUGAACUCACUUGUGAAAUCGAUGAUCCGCACAGGCUGCACGUGAUGUGAAUUGGCUUCUAGUGGUUCUUGAAAUAAAUCACGUUGAUGUAACAAGCACAUUGCCUGUUACCUGGUCUUCUGUAAAAUCGUUCAUGUGCAAAGAAGGCAGCCACUUCGUCACUGUGUUCUAUUGUCAGCGUUAAGUCUUGACAAUAAAACACACACACACACACACACCUGAUAUACAUGACAUUUCAAGUGAACCAUUUAAGAUAAUAAGUAAAUGUCGAGAAAUGUGGGCUUACGUUAUAAUCAUGGAACACGGUAUUACCAAAAGAUCGAUGGGAAAAAGUCGCUGUGUUUAGUAACAACGUUGAUACUGUAUAUUGGAGUCUCAUCCUUUUUGCUUUGUUGUAUUCAGUAUUAAAGUAUGGACAUUAUUUUAUAAUAACUGUAGUUCUUUAUGCAAAGUGGUUUGUAUAUCAAAGAGUAAUAAUUAUUUUUUUUAUAGUGCGGUAGAGUAAAGGUUAAGUAACGAUAAGGAGAAUAUUUCAUUCUUUCCCUUGUCCAAAUAUAUCUUUACAAUCUUCAGUGAUCAUGAUAAUUCCUUGUGUUUCACUCAUGCAUUUUAUUUAGGGCUGAACAUCUCGAAUUGUUAGGUUGUAACAAUUCUCCGACAUUACUUACCACCUGUUAUGUUGUUUGAUAAACAUCCAAAACUUUCAGUCUUACCACAGUCUGUUUUACUUGUGUCGCAACAGUUUAUUCUAGUUCUGAACUGGUAGAAACAAAAUGUGAAUUUUGAAUAUCAUUGUAGUAUAAAUAGUAUUGGAAGUGAUUGAUUAAAAUAUAUCUUUUAAAAAGUUUUCCAAUCAGUCUACUUUCACCUUUUAAUGUAUAGACUAAGUAUAUUUCGAAAACACCGUGUAUAUGAUAAAUAUUGCUCGCUUGGCCUACUUCGCCAACUUUUUAUAAUAAUGUGAACCUUUGAUUUUUCGUAUUCGUUCUGAAUUUUUUAUAAGAAUCUGCACUCUAGUCAUUUUAACUAGUAGUGUUUCACCAUGAAGGCCAAUAAAACCUUUUCGUAACACUGUUAUUAUACUCGGCGAGAGGUAUUGUUAUAUGUAAGGUUUGGUCAAUAUUUUGUUUCAGUUCUGUCUGUGAAUCUUGGCACUACUUUCAGAAGCGGAAGAUCUUAACUGAGUUAGCUUGUUACGGUGAAGUAUCAUGUACUUUGUAUUUCUUGUUUUGUACCGAGUGACAUUUUGCAAUAAAAUGUAGUAUUUUUUUAGA